GCGGUCCUUCGCGGCGCGAGACACCGGUUAUACGAUUUUGAAUAAUAUUUUGUGUCUUAUAGUUUGUCUAAAUCUUGUGAAGUGUAUGGACUGAGCAGUGCUAUUUUCGCCGACUCCGUAAAUAAGUGAUGCACUAAAAUGGGGCAGAAGGACGACGCGCGAAGCGGGCGAGGGUCCCCCGACCCCCCGCCACCACCCAUACAGCCUUGCAGCGGCUUCCUGGGAAACGGCAAGUCUGUGAUCCGGCCGAUCGCGUUCAAGCCGCUGGGCGGGCGGCUGUCCGCGGGCGGCGAGCGGUACGGCUCCACGCCCGCCCUAGCUACCCGCCCGCCCUCACUCAUGACGCUCUACGGUAGUUCCUCCGAUGUGCGCGAGAGUAGGUGGUGCGGGUCCCCGCAGCCGGCGUCGCUGUCCUCUCUACCUCCGGCACACCAUAGACACCGGUCCGCUAUUGUAACAAAAUCCAGCAGUGUUCUGGGAAACGAGGGGGUGGAGCCUGCACCGGCGCCCUCGCCAGCCGACUCCGGAGUCUCAGAGCUCGAGAGAGAUCACCAUGACUACAGCACAGCGGACCGUCUCCGCAGUGAUGUGCGCAUCCGCGCGCCGCGUCUGCUGUUACAGACGUACGGCGGGCGGCCGCCACAGGACGCGGAGUUGGCGCGGGUGCGCCGCGACCGCGCGCUGCUGCGCCAACGGCUGGAGGACGCGGAGUGGUCGCUGUGCCAGCGCGCCGGCGAGAUCUCGCUGCUCAAGACGCAGCUCAAAGACGCUCAGAACGAGCAAACCGCAAAAGGUCACGAAUACUUGACUCUGAAGGCUGACGUCCGUUCUCUCCGAGAGAACAUCGACAAGAAAGAGAAAGAGACAGCCAGACUUCGCAAUGAGACCGAAGAAAAGGACAAGACUAUAAAGAGACUGCAGGCCGAAGUGGACAGACUGACAAAUGACUUGAUGGAGAGCGUCUCGGACCUCUCCAAAGCUAAAGAAAGCAGUAAGAACGAAAUCGACAAACUGAAGACCGAAAUCAAAGAACUAAGACAGGAGUUAUCUGAAGUAUCCCUUAAUGGAUAUGCCGGUAUCGAAUGCGGAAGAACUCUGCGAGGGAUAUACGAUGCCUGCAAGAAUAAUGAGUACCAUUGGAAUCCAAGCGACAGUGCGCUAGAAGAUGCUGAAGUGCAAAGACUAAAUGGGGAAUUACCCGAUUCCUGCACCGAUCCUUGCCCAGCCAGCGCCAUGGUGGAACGACUGAAAUGCGAGAUCGAAAACAAGGAGACCCAGUUCAACAACGAAAGAAGAAAGUGGUCAGAGGAGAAAGACAAAGUCCUGAGAUACCAAAAGCAACUCCAGAUGAAUUACGUCCAGAUGUUCAAAAGAUCCCGUACCCUUGAGGCAGAACUAGAUGGGCUAAAACUAGAACUGGAGCUAUGCAAUAAGAGCAAGAAUAUGAACCACAACGGCAAACCGAUCGAACUAUAACCAAAAGUAGGGUAAUAUUUAUUUAUUGUACAUACGGCCAACUCACGGACAGCGGCUAAAUUAUUGUAAAAACUUAUUCUCGUUAUAAGCUAUAUUUUAUA